CCGCGAGCGUGUCCGCGGGAGGUAAGGGACAGCACAGUCUCCAGUCUCAAAGAGGCUCAAAGGCGCAGACUGUUUGCAAGGAGCAGCCUGCGGAGCUGGAGUCCCUGCUUCUGCCAACAUUAUGGGCCACCAAAGAGAGGGGCAGCGCUAGGGAGGCCCUGCUCGCUGCCAGCCACGSACCACGGACUCCUGCUGUUUCCUGGGACGUGCUCCAAGCUCCUGAGCGGAGCCUCCUGUUGCUCUGGAUCCAAGUGUGGCCGCUUGGGCACUGCAGGACAUGUCUGCGUUGGGCAUGAGCACAAUACAACACGAGUGAGAGGUGGCCUGUGCGCAGUGCGGGACUUGCAGCGCUCUGAGUUUGGAAGCAAGAGGAGGCAGCUGCUCUUGCAGCCCCUGGAAGUAACAGCCUGCAAACCAGCCGUCCUGGUCCCUGGCGUACACACAAUAUUCUCUUCCUAUCGCAGCAAAAGGAGGAGCACUUGCUGUUCACAUCCGAUGGAGCAGCAGCCUUCACCUGAGAUGAUGGGGCCUGGCAGUCUUGGCCAAUCMCAUUUAGAAAUGUUUUGUAGCCACUCAGGGAGUUUCUAACAACAGCAACUUCUAGAGGGUUUCAAAAGUGUUUUCUGAGUGGAUUUGGAGUCCGUUUUCCUUCCUCCGGCAAUCCAUAUGCUGUUUUCCAGAGGAGAAGCAGAACCCCCUCAUCUGAGGCCUGCUUUGGCCCAGCUCUCCUUCUCUCUCCGUCACUGACAUGCUGAUGGCAGUGCGGGAUUGAUGCCUCGUUUGGGGUGUCGGGUAGAACAGAGCUUGUUCCUGCCCUUUGUGCCCUGCUGGGUUCCUGCUAGACCUUCCCUUCUGAAGAGCAAUCCCUGUGAAGCUCCUGUUGGAGCGAGGGAUGUGUUUCCUGGCCAAACCAAUUGCUUCCGAUCCCAACAAUCUUCCUCCCCUGGCAGAGGGUGGUCUGGCAGAGCCUGGUCCUAGUCUCGUGCGCAGCCACAGCCCCAGCAGGCAGCUGUGUGGCCAAACGCUAGUGGAGCAGGAGCACAACCUGCAAGGGUCGCUGCUGCCGUCGGGGUGUAGCCGUGCCCUGCUCUUUGCCACGGCCGCGCGGUGGGCCGGCAUGUAGGGAAGCGUGCCAGGCAGCAAUGGGCCGCUUGGACGACCACGCCAAGAAGCGGAUCGUGGAGCUGCGCAAAGCAGGGCUCAGCUUCCGCAAGAUCAAGAAGGUCCUGGAGCUGGACAACAUUCGCGUCACGCCGCAGGCCGUAUACCUCUUCCUCAAGAGGAAGAACGUGGAGCCGGCGCGGGCAGCCAUGGCGCAGGCCCGGCCGCCCUGGCCCGGGCUGGAUGGCAGCGAGGCCGGGCGGGAGGCGGCGAGUCCCCACGAGAGCCGCGCCGGCGACGAGGGCAUCAAGAUCGUGAGCGUGACCUCGCUMUGCAAGGACGGCGGGCGCUUCGAGAAGCCUCUGCCCUCGGGAGCAGCGCCAGGCAGCCAGGCGGCCCCCGGGAGCAGUGAGGACAGUGCCACGUGCCGCCCGAGCACCCUGGGGAGCUGCGCAGCCCUCCUGCCACCAGCUGUGCUGCAGCAGCCCCUGCCCAGCCGAGGGAGGCUCUGCGGGCCCCCUGCCAGGAACCCUGCCCUCAUCGUCAGGAAGAGGAUUGUGGAUAGGGCUAUUCUUCUCCAGAAAAAGGUCAACAUUCAGAACGGGCAGGGCCUCUCCAGCUCCACCAGCGUCCUGCCUUUCCUGGUGGGAGCRCAGCCAGGCGGCCAGUCCCUGCAGGGCAGCCCAGCCGUCCUGGCUGCUGCAGGGAGCCACAGCACAGAUGUCAAAGAUGCCAGCACUCAGACUGUUCUGCUGAACAUGGCAGGUGCUGGAAACCACAACAUCACAUGGGGGGGACCUGCGYUUCCCCCUGCUCCCAGCUCACGCGCCGUUGCCGAGAAGCUGGACGCUGUCCACACCGAGAUGCAGAAACUGAGCCAGGCCAUGCACGCGGUGCUGGAGAGGCAGUGCCGCCUGGAGCGGCAGCAGGAGCWGCAGCAGCGGCUGCAGCAGGAGGUGCUGGUGACGCUGCAGCAGCUCAGCUGCACAGCGAGCCACGGCACCGUGCCAGGGGAGCAGCCCUGUGUCCCCUUCAGCGGCAUGGCCGAGCCCUCGCCCUCCGUGCCCAACUUCAGCCAGUUCAAGAUGGAGCUCAUCUGACCUCGCUGGUGCCCAAGCGCAGGCCUGGAGCAGGAGCCACUGCACAGGGGUAAAAGCCAGGAAGCACAGUGGGCUCUAAUGCUCCUGAAGCUACACCAGCUGCCUCAGGAUUACACCUGGCUGCCAKCAGAGGAGGAUCCCUGCUGUGUCACAUCCUGCUCUGCUUCAGCUUUGUCACAUAAAAGGAGCUGCCUGGCCUAGGAGGGCAGCAGAAAGCUGAGGCCUCUCUUCUGCCGUGCUGCCCGUGUCGGCUGCUGCCAGAGCUGGCCCGUUGCCGAUGGACUCCGGCCACUCAGGCAGGGCAGCUACAGGCAGAGGUCAACCCGGAGGGGGGCAGCAGGGAGGCAGGUGCCCCUCAUGGGAGUCGCUGCUGCAACAGGCAGUCACACAAAUGCUCUGCACCCUCCCCUGCAGAGCCUUGCACAGUAAAAAUCUACCUGGUGGUUCAGGAAAGUGUGGAUCUAAUUCUCUGUUUUACCCGCACGUUCCCCCAUCAGUGCCCAGGCUGGAUAGAUUCGAGGCUGUUCCAGCUGCCAUCAAGCACUGAGCUGCUCACGGUGAUCAAGCCUAUGAAGUGAGACCAAAGACAUCACUGGAGGCAUCUGCCUCUGC